AUGGCACAGCGUGGCAUCCGGAUCGCCAUCGACCGUGGUGGCACCUUCACAGACGCCUGGGCCGAAGUGCCAGGACGGUCAGAGCACAUUGUCUUCAAGGUGCUCUCUGUAUGCCCCGAAGAGUACGAUGACGCCCCCACAGAAUGCAUCCGGCAGAUCCUCGAGAUUGCUACUUGUACCACAAUACGGCGAGGCACCCUGCUCGACCUCGAGCCUGUCGAGUCCAUCCGCAUGGGCACCACUGUCGCCACAAAUGCUCUUCUCGAGAGGAAGGGAGACCGUGUCGCAUUCCUUACCACUAAAGGCCUCCGCGAUGGCCUCCUCAUCGGCAACCAGACCAGGCCGGACCUGUUUGACCUGUCCGUACGGCGGCUGAGUCAGCUCUACGAAGCGGUCGUCGAGGUUGACGAGCGCGUGACCAUUGAGGGCUUCAGCGAAAAUCCAGAUCCUCAGCCCAUCGACUACACAUCAGAUCCAGACCUUGUCAUGGGCCAGACAGGCGAGCUGGUCCGCAUCAUCAAGAGGCCAGACCUUGAUAGUGUGCGGCGUGACCUCGAACUUCUCAAGACCAAAGGCAUUGCGAAUGUUGCAAUUGGCUUUAUGCACUCGUACACAUUUCCGGACCACGAAGUCCAGGUCGCGCGGGUAGCCGAGGAGAUGGGCUUCAAGGUCUCGGCGUCUUCCGAGCUGCAGAGCAUGGCCAAGUUCGUGCCUCGCAGCCAGUCGGCAGUUGCUGACGCAUACCUGACCCCGAUGACUUAUACAUAUCUGGAGAGCUUCCGGAAAGGCUUCAAGGGCCGCCUGGAGGACGAGAGCGCCAACAAGCUUCUGAUUUCGCAGUCCGAUGGUGGGCUGACAAGCUGGACCAAGUUCACUGGUCUUAAAGGCGUAUUGAGCGGACCAGCAGGCGGCGUCGUCGGCCUGGCCAAGACGUGUUAUGACGAUGAGGAUGGCACUCCCGUGCUUGGCUUUGAUAUGGGCGGCACCAGCACGGACGUUGCUCGUUACGCGGGCGCCUUUGAACACAUUUUCGAGAGCACGCUUGCCGAGGUCACAAUACAGACACCCCAACUCGACAUCAACACAGUUGCGGCUGGCGGAGGCUCCAUCCUGUCGUGGGAGAACGGGCUGCUCAAAGUCGGUCCCAGCAGCGCUGGUGCCAACCCUGGUCCAGCGUGUUAUGGCAAGGGAGGACCUUUGACGGUCACGGAUGCCAACUUCCUCCUCGGCAGGAUAAUUCCGGACUUUUUCCCGCGUACGCUCGACCACGAUGUUGUCGUGGCGAAGUUCAAGGCGCUCACUGAAGUUGUCAACAGUGAGAAGGAGGAAGGCGGCGAGCCUUUCACUCCGGAAAGUCUGGCGCUGGGGUUCUUGUCUAUCGCCAAUGCGACAAUGACACGUCCGAUCAGGACGCUCAGCGAAGGGCGUGGCUAUGGGGCUUCGAGUCAUAAUCUUGGCAGUUUCGGCGGAGCUGGUGGUCAGCAUGCUGUCUUCAUCGCUCGCGAUCUGGGCAUCAAGAAAGCUAUCAUCCCGAGGUACUCCAGUAUUCUUUCCGCAUAUGGCAUGGCUCUUGCGGAUGUCGUCAUUGAGAACCAGGAGCCCACGGCUUUGACAUUCUCAGAGCAGGUGCUUCCAGAACUGACCAGGCGGCUUGAGACCUUGUCUGCCAAAGGAAGCCAGGGCCUCGCUGCACAAGGCUUCGAGACAUCUGCAAUUGAGCACCAGUGCUUCCUCAAUAUGAGAUACAAGGGCAGCGACACUUCCCUCAUGAUUCCCCAACCGGCAAACCUCUCUGAAUUCGCGGAUGCCUUCACAGCUCGCCACUCUCAAGAAUUUGGCUUCUCACAAUCAAGAGAUAUUCUCGUGGAUGACAUCCGCGUACGCAGUAUCGGCACCACCCGCAGCCUGAACAUAGCAAGUCCUUUCAAGGAUCUUCAGCGAUAUAAGUCUGACGGACUCACCCCAGUUCCUACACCAGUCUUCUCCCGCAAGGUCUUCUUCGAGAAGCACGGUUGGACCGAGGUCAGCGUCUUCCGCCUUGAUGCAAUCAGUCCAGGCGUACAGAUCAAUGGCCCGGCCAUGAUCAUCGACAAGACGCAAACGAUCGUUGUGGAUCACCUUAGCAAGGCUUUCAUUUUGCCGGAGCACGUUAUCCUUGAGGUCAGCAAGUCUGAGCAGCAGACCGUCUCAACGGACGUCGUCGACCCUGUCCAGCUUAGUGUCUUCGGUCACCGUUUCAUGACUGUCGCCGAGCAGAUGGGUCACACCAUGGAGAAGACAUCUAUUUCAGUGAAUAUCAAGGAGAGACUCGACUACUCAUGCGCAGUUUUCUCAGCGGAUGGUGGCCUUGUUGCCAACGCCCCCCACAUUCCAAGUCACCUUGGCUCUAUGAGCACAGCGAUCGCUUACCAAGCUCAACGUUACAAGCCCGGGGAGCUUAAGCCUGGCGACGUCAUCAUUAGCAACCACCCUCAAGCUGGGGGUACGCACUUGCCGGAUAUCACAACAAUCACCCCCGUUUUUGACAACGAGGAAGAUCCCAAGGAGAUCAUCUUCUUCGUUGCGAACCGGGGUCACCAUGCCGAUGUUGGUGGUAUAGCCCCUGGGUCGAUGCCACCUAACUCGACUGAAUUGUGGCAGGAAGGCGCCGCAAUUGAGUCGUUCAAGAUGAUCAAAGAGGGUGUCUUUGAUGAGGAGGGCCUGGUGAAGCAUCUUUACGACGACCCGGCGUCAUAUCCAGGUUGCAGCGGCACGCGCACCUUGAGCGAUAAUCUUGCAGAUCUCAAGGCUGCCGUUGCGUCCAACCAGAAGGGCAUCGAGCUCAUCCGGGAUCUGAUCAAAGAAUUCACUUGGCCGGUCGUGCAGCUGUACAUGAAAGCCAUCCAGGAGAAUGCUGCCCAGGCUGUCCGCGAGCUACUCAAGUCUUUUGCCACAAAGUACGAGGGUGGUGUCCUCGAGGCUACCGAGUACAAUGACGAUGGCAUCCGCUUUCAGCUCAAGGUCAUUAUCGACAAGGAUUCAGGCGAGGCAGUCUUUGAUUUCACUGGCACCGGACCUGAGCAUUCUGGCAAUCUGAAUGCGCCACCGACGUGCUCUUACUCUGUGAUUAUGUACUGUCUCCGCUCCAUGAUAUCAGCAGAUAUUCCUCUGAACCAGGGUUGUCUAGAACCUAUCAAGGUGGUCUGCCCAGAGAACACUAUCCUGUCCCCAUCACCAACGGCCGCAACUGUUGGCUGCACCACCGAAACAUCGCAGAAACUUGCAGACCUCAUUUUCCGCGCCUUCAACGCAGCAGCAGCAUCACAAGGCACCAUGAACAACUUGACCUUUGGUUGUGGCGGCACUGAUCCUGUCACUGGCCUAGUGACCAAGGGCUUUGGCUACUAUGAGACUAUCGCGGGUGGCGCUGGCGCCGGCCCUGGCUGGCACGGAGCCAGCGGAGUACACACACAUCUGACAAACACACGCAUCACCGAUCCAGAGAUAUUCGAGAAGCGCUACCCCGUGAUCCUUCACGAGUUCUCAAUCCGGAAAGGUAGCGGCGGUGCCGGUCAGUACCGCGGCGGCGAUGGGUGCAUCAGGGAUAUUGAGUUCCGCAGCCCAUUGCAGGUCUCAGUUCUGACGGACAGGAGAGUCACGGCGCCGUAUGGACUCGAGGGCGGCGAAGACGGUCAGAGAGGCGAGAACAUCUGGGUUCGGCGCGACCCUGUAACGGGAGCCACGAGGAUGACCUCGCUAGGCCCGAGGAAGACCAGCCACUUCCAGGCUGGCGAUCGCAUCAUCAUCAGGACGCCUGGCGGUGGUGGCUGGGGCUCGUCAAAGGCGGCAGCCCUGGAGCCUGCGGUCAAUGGGACCGGGGAUUUGAGGCGGCAUAUGACGAACGGGACAUUGGGUGUGAGGAAUAGCAUAGCCACUGGUAAUUAGGUCCGGCGGUGAAAUUAUGGCGGAGUUUGGUGGUCAAUUUAAUAAACACUUCUCAAUAGCACACGCUGCUCCUGUGAUGCUAGAUACAGCCAGGCGAAUACAUG